GACAGGUGGCGGCCGGCCGAUAUAUUCACGAUGCCGGCGACGAUGGUGAAAAGCAACAGUGGCCAGUGGCCGCGAUCCCUCGUCACGAGACCCACUGCGUUCUUAUUCCCCCGAAUCUCUAUUCGAGAAGGACAAAGGUGAAUGAUGAGUCGGUGCUCGUAUCGAGAAGUGUUACUUCGAAUUUGGUUAUAAAGAAAUGUUGUAUACGUGAGUUUAAUAGUGCGAUCUUUCGAGUGAAUAUUCGGGAUAAAAUUUCGAUCGUGCGUUUCUUAGGAUUUUUAAUGGAAGAGAGGAAUAAAAAUUCUACGACGUUGAGAUAAAGAACGGAGGUUUAAUCCUCGGAUAGAGAUAGAUGUGUUCUCGAAAUCGAAAUAAUUUGUUAACGGACUCUGACAUCCGGAUGUUGUGUAGAGAUUUGCAGGGUAAUCAAGUUUGAUUGGUACUUGGUGGCGACGAUAAUUAAUGCCGGGAGGUAAUUAAGUUUGAUCGGUGGCCAGGCGACGAUUACCGAUCUAAUUAACCUUCGUCCACGCUCCAAGAUUACGUUACGAUUCAGUUUUCUGCAUCUGAGUUAUCGAUUCUUAACUUUAAGUGUUGAGAGAUCGAAAAAAAAAGCUACUUUUACGUGAAAUUUCGAGAAUCGAUGGUGGCGAUGAGAAUAUAGAGCUUGGUCAACGGUGAGAUCGUUCUUGGUGACUGUGAAAGUGGAACGAAGUGCGUUGUUUCGAGCGUCUUUUGUUAUCGGAAGAGCAAGUGGCGGUGGUGGAACGAGCAGCAGCAGCAACAGAGCAGCACGCAACGCGCACGACACCCUCAAACGCCUUCGUCUACGAUCCCCUGAAGAAACAAUUCAAACCCUCUCCUCAAACCUCAGACAAAAAUUCAAAAACUCAUCGCUCGACCGAAUGAUCCGCGAUCGAGAUGGUGAUCGCGAGCGGAUCCGCGUGCGGUGGGGCGUCAAGCAAGCUUAGAAGGUCCCGAAGAUUGUCCUCGACCAGGGGUUUGAAGCGAGUUGCGGUCGGUGCGAGUUGGAACGAGGAAGGGAUCGAAACAAGAUCCGGCAAGACGUCGACUAUGAAUUGGGAGUUGAACGAGAGGAUCAGCCUGAGCAGCGGGUCGAGCCCCGGCUUGGAGGUUCGGCCGGACGCGAGGAGGGGGAUAGAGUUGAGCGGGAACCGGAAAAAGGGGGACGCGUGGUCGUGGAGAAACGGAACGGGACUGGAGCUGAUGAACGUGUCGGGAUUCCAACAACAGCAACAGCAACAUCAGCAGGGGGAGCAGGAUAAGAGGCGUGGCAGGGAUACGUCGUGGCCGAUCGAGGCCGAUUCUACGGAGAGGAGGGAGAAGGGGGGCGUGAUCAAGAGCGACUCCAAGUACGAGAUAGGGAUGAUCCCAGGGAGCGAGCCGGGAUCAUCCGGGAAGUGGGGCAAGCAGAGGAGGCAGCAGGCAUCGUCGUCCGUUGGUGGAUCGUCCAAGUCGCGGAAGUCGAAGGGCGAGAAGGAGGGGGAGAGGAAGUGGGUGGGGGGUAGGAAGAAGACGGAGAAAACGAACGACUCGAUCUCGAAGAGGUUGGAGCUGAUACACGAGCUGAAUCAGAAGAUCCUGGCCAACUACGAGCGGUUCCAGCAGAGGUCCAGGUCGAAGAGUCACGGCGCGAAAGAGGGCAAGUGCGAGGGUUCGAGGUCGAAGAAGGAGCAACAGCAGGGGGGCAAUGGCAGAGGCCGCGGAUCGGGGACGGAUGAGGGAGCGUCGAGGGAGGCGAGAAAGGAGGAGGAGGAGGAGGACGUCGAAGCGAAGCAGAGGAAGAGUAGCAGUAGCAGCAGAGGCGCGAAGCCGGCGCAAAGAUCGUGCAAAGAUCAAGAUUCUUGCCCGAGGGAGAGAAAGGUGGACGCGUCGAAUAAGAAACAACAAUCCUCCAAGCCCUCCUCCUCCUCGUCCUCCUCCUGCUCUUCGUCCAAGUCGAGGACGUUUCGGGAUAACGACAACUUCACGAUGGCUGCGAGGCCAGGUUUCUGCGAGGAGGCUGAGGAUAAGAAGGAAGCCGAAUAUUGCAGCGGAUCAUCACGAAACGAGGAGAGGAAGAGCGUGUUUUACUCAACGAGGAGGGACAAGGACGAUCGCGAGGACACCGAUCAUCUGGGGAGCUCGAGAUUGUAUCCGGAGAGAUGCAACGAUCGGUCUAACGAGGCGAGGACGGACGAUCUCGAGGAGAUCUCGCACUCUGAGGAGGCGAAGAUCGAGCAUGAGAUCUCCGAGGAGAGGGAUCGGUCGGCGAUCGACGAGAUCCCGCGAGGAGGCUGCAAGGAGAGGUUGUUGGACGGGGAGGAAGAGGAGGAGGAAUCGGCGUGGGAGAGGAGGAGGAAGGCGACGAGCGCGACGGGGAAGAAGAAGAAGAGGAGGGACAAGUUGGGGAGCGAGGGGUUGGCGAGCGAGAGCGGCGGCGGUGGUGGGUGUUCGGUGACGAGCGGCGGCGAGCCGAUGACCGGGGCGAAAGUGGCCAGGCUCCAGGAGACGUUCGACUCCUCUUGGGACUCUGGCGUGGGCGUGGAUGUCGGGAACGGUGGGAGCGGUUGGGUGAGGAUACACACGGGGAUCGAGAGCAGCCUCGUCUAUCUCACCGUCGAUACCACGGCGAGAGACGUGUGCAGGGACAUGCUGUUGGGCGACGACUUGUCUCUGUUUAUGCAGUAUGGAGGGGAAUCCGGGAGGAGAUUGGCCUCUCACGAGAAACCGCUCGAGAUACAAGACCAAUUUCUCCAAAAGCUCGGAUACCAGGACGCGUCGAGACGGUCCCGGCUCGGGGUCGAUCCUGAAUUACGACACCUCAUCGCCUUCCACGUGGGGCCCGCAUCCCCGUUGCCCGAGCUUCACGGAUACAGCCGUUGCGGCCACGCUUUGGUAUUGAAGGGGUUGGUUUUCCCUCAGUGGAAGAGGCGGCCACUGGCCGUCAUCGGAUCCAGGCUGUUCCUUUAUCCAGCCUGUCCUGAAUCUCGGCCAGAGUGGAUGGAACUGGCCGGUGGGGGUGCGGUGUGCUAUGCCCCGUCACGUCUGGGUAAACUCGUGCUGCGUAUCACUGGAUUUCCAAGGGUCACUCACCAGUGUCAUCAGAGUCAACAACAGGAGGACAGUCACCAUCGCGAGACGAGACACUUAUAUCUUGGCUUUCACCACCCCUGGGACAGAGACUUGUGGAAAAGUUGGAUUAAACAGGCUAUACAAUUGUCAUCGUGCCCGAAACAGUUGGAUCUGAGCAACGGGGGCCUGUCAAGGAUCCCCGACAGCGCUAUAGCAUUUCCGGCGAUAGAAGAACUGAUAUUAAGCCAAAACCAACUGACUAACACGAACAACAAUCUGACAUUGUUGCACAGGUUUCCAAAACUUCGCGUCGUUCAUUUGGAGAGCAACGAGUUGAGGAGGAUACCGCGAGAGUUAUUGGAGCUCGCAGGCUUGACCUACCUCAAUCUCUCGGACAAUAAAAUCGAGAAAAUUCCGGCCGACAUAAGCCAGCUUAUCAACCUCAAAGAGCUAAUAUUGGAUCGUAAUGGGAUCAAAGAACUGCCAUAUGAAUUCGUCGAGUUGAAGAACUUGAGAAACGUUUCUUUAGCUGGAAAUUGCCUCACCAGUUUGCCAUCUUUCUUCAACAUGCGUGCCCUAGCGUUAACGGACGUAUUAUCAAAAACAGACCAUAACAAAGGUUGUAAAGAUGAAAAGAAUCAAAAUAAUUUGUACAAAGUGAAUCUUCGAAAUAAUCAAUUAAAAGGAAACAUCAUACUUGGAAAUUACGGUAAUUUAACGCAUCUAGACGUCAGUGAAAAUAGCAUUGAGAAAUUGGAUAUCAGUGCUCUUCAAGAAUUAAGAAGCGUUCGUUGCGCGCGAAAUAUUUUAACAGAACUGACGGUUUGCGGGAAAAAUAUUGUUUCUCUUAUUGCUGGAAAUAACAAAUUAAAAAAAUUAACUAUCGAGCCAGUGCCUGUGAAUCUUGAACAUUUAGAUGUUUCUUAUAACAAUUUAGACGCACUUCCGGAAUGGAUACCAGAUCUGCCUUUGUUGCGCGCACUUUUUGCGUCUCACAAUGCUUUAACAGCCCUUCCAGACAGAUUACUAACGCAGCCGUCGAGACUGGAAGUUCUUCACUUACCCCAUAAUAGACUGCAAGCUCUUCCGCCACCUAGGAAACCACUAAACAUCGUUCAUUUGACGCUGCAAGACAAUGCAUUGACAGCAUUACCAACGAGUUUCUUCAUCAAUACGGAAAAGAUGAAAGUGUUAAACCUUUCCAACAAUCGAUUGUCAGAACUUCCACACUUUGGAGAAGGAAAUAAAAAUCGACAUAAUAAUCACAGCUUGGAGAAAUUAUAUCUCACUGCGAAUUGUUUAACAGACACUGCUUUGGAUGCUCUUGUAAAAUUUACAUCUUUAAGAGUUCUUCAUAUAGCUUACAAUACUUUAGAUACGCUUUCAGAAAGUUGUAUAGCUUCAUGGAAAGAUCUAGAAGAAUUAAUAUUAUCUGGAAAUCGUCUUCAAUAUUUGCCAGAUAAUGUGGCCAAUUUACGACAUUUACGUGUAUUGCGUGUCCAUUCUAAUCGACUCUUGACUUGUCCAACAUUUAAUAAAACAGCAUCGUUAAAAGUAUUGGAUUUAGCUCAUAAUCAAUUAGAUAGAGUAAAUUUAGCUACUCUGGUGCCACCGCAACUUCAAUUUCUCGACAUAUCUUGCAAUUCAAGACUUCACGUAGAUCCUAGACAAUUCCAGGUAUAUAGGUCUCAACGACCAAUAUCAUUAGUCGAUGUAUCUGGACAGAAUAGACCAAGUCUGCCUUCCCACCCUCAUCAGCAAGAAAUUGUUUCCUCGGAAAAAGGUUCGGAACAACCUUGGAGAUUAGGAUUUUCAGAAACAGCAGGAUGUAGAGAAAGAUUGUAUGUAUCCCAAGUUCGGAUGCCAUCCUUUUGCAACGUAGAAGGCCUAUUUGGUAUAUUUGAUGGCGGUUCGAAUCAAGAAGCACCGAGCGCUCUCCAGGAAAUGAUUCCGCGCCUUUUACUAGAGGAGAGAACCGUUCGAGAGACAUCAAAAGAAUACUUAAAAUAUACGUUACUAUCUGCCCAUAGGGAGUUAAAAGAUAAGGGUCAGAAAUAUGGAAUCGAUGCAACUCUUGUACAUAUUGUUAGAAUACAAUUGCAACAAGGAUAUCCGAAAGCACCAACAAAAUAUUCGUUAAAAGUAGCCACUUCUGGAGACGCAAAAGCAGUUCUUUGCAGAGCAGCUGGUCCAUUAAUUUUGGCUCCACCUAAGAAGCUAUCUAUGAAAAAUCAAUUAGGAAAUGCAGCUAUGUUUCCUCUUGUUGUUCCCGAUCCUACAUUCGAAGAAAUAGAUUUAGAGGAUGACGAUGAAUUUAUUAUAAUUGGUAAUAAAAAAUUGUGGGAAGUAUUGAGCAUUCAAGAAGCCGUUCGAGAAGCCAGAGCGGAGGCCAGUCCUGUUUUAGCCGCUAAAAGGCUUCAAGAUCUGGCACAAGCUUAUGGAGCAGAGGAUAAUUUGAGCAUUGUAGUUGUACGACUAACGGGACCUAAUCAGGGUGAUUUAGAUCAGUUGAUGAGGGAAUUGAGACAUGCUGUUGGAAAGAAUAGAGGUCAAACUGAGACAAGCUGUCCUUGUCCUUGUUGCAUGCCUCCGGCAGCCCAUAAACCACCGGGACCUUGCUGUUGUCACGCGAACGAAGGCUAUUAUUUGAAUGGCGUGUUGAAAAGCAUAGUGAAUAGAUCAAACAAAGCUCACAAUGGAUCCGGUAGAUAUUUUAAAAACCGUCGAUCAACGCAAGAAAAUGAAAGUCCGCCAUACAAAGAUGAUAGAAGUUCACCAAGUGGUCAAUCAGACCAAGCUAGUGAUAGUACUUUGAAAUCGAGAUAUCCUUCUGGUAGAGUUUGGUCUGGAAGUGCCGCUUCUAGAGCCACGAACAAAGCUCGUCAAAGUGUUCUUGUGAAUGAAAACAGUACAAGAAAGAUAUCAACUACUUUGACGGCUCAAGAAGACACUAUAUCCGAGAGAUCUGGCGCUUUGAGCGAAGAGCAAUUUCGUUGCUGGGAAUAUAUGCUGGAACAAAAUACUCAGCUCUUAUUCGACAAGGAAUUAGAUACUUUAACGAAGACUCCACUACGACGAGGUCAAUCGAGAUCCACGCCUCAAUUAGCUGGCAAUUUGCCUUUUCUAUCGAAGAGGUUUGGAAGUGCCAGAUCCUUUAAUCCUUCUCUACCAAGACCACCCAUUGUUCGAUUCGGUAGUGGAAGAAGAUUACUUAACGGAGGUCCAAAUGCGGCUUAUUUUGGCAGCUUACAGAGGCUGAUGCCGUAUAAUCUUGAGUAUGAUUUUGCCGUAAUUCAAGAAAGAAACGGGUUAGAUUCAUUAGAGCAAGACGCAACGAGAAUGCAACAAUAUUGGGGAGUGGCUACGACUGAAUUAUAAUUCACAAGUAAAUUAUAAUGUUGAAAGAUAUACGCAUUAUUAUUAUUUACAAUAGAUAUGAAGUAUUAGAAAUUGAACUCGUACUUUAAAUAGAAAAACAUAAAAAGUGGCAAUAAAAUGUUGUGAAUGAUAAAACACGA